UCGCAAACGGUGUGUUUAGGGUUGUUAUUGAAAUAGUUUCGAAAAUAGUCACUAUUAUUUUAUUGCUAUGUUAUAGUCGUCUUUAAUUAUAUAUUUUGAGUAAAUUAAAAUGAUUACGCUUAAUAGAAAAUUGAAAAAAGAGCAUACUGAGCCUAGUAACGGCAUUACCAAUGAACCUUCUCGGCGUAUAUCCGUGAGAGACAAAUUGCUGGUCAAGGAAGUUCAGGAGAUGAACGAGAAUCUUCCGGCUACGUGUAGUGUGAACUUUGAAGACCCAAAUGUGUUGUGCGAUUUUGUGUUGACUGUUGCGCCCGACGAAGGCUACUGGCAAGGUGGCAAGUUCAAAUUUAGUGUUUUCGUAACGGAGGACUAUAAUAUGGCUCCUCCUCGGGUAAAAUGUCUAACUAAGCUGUGGCAUCCCAACAUAAGUGUAGAGGGUGACAUUUGCCUGUCCUUGUUACGUCAGACUUCUAUUGACGAGCACGGCUGGGCGCCUACACGAAGACUGAAAGAUGUUGUUUGGGGACUAAACUCACUAUUUACUGAUCUCUUAAACUUUGAAGACCCGCUCAACAUAGAAGCAUCAGAAAUGUACAAUAAGAACAAAUCAGAGUUCCAGUCUAAGGUUCAAGAGUAUAUAGCUCAAGGGAAAAGAUGAAAACCGGCCAAACGGCGCCGCUAAGCCAAUUCACACAUUAGGGGACUCAUCCUAGGGGAGCUGAUUGGACGUCGCCCACCUCCCCUGCCUUCCCCCUGCCUGGUGAUUAGCAGUGCUGUACAGUCUGUGACAUGGGAUUAUACUCAAAUUGUACAUGUAUUCUUCGCUUUUAGAGCUAAGGCUUCUAACAUGUAUGUUACAUAUCAUAUUAUUCUUUCUCAAAUUUAGUGUUAUUGUAAGUAGUAUUUAACUGUUAACAGGACAUAUGUGUAUGAAAUAUAGCACAAUCUCAGUGAAAAUACAAUGUCAUAUUUGCCACUAAUUUUACUUGUACAUAAGUUUACUCUAAUAGUACUCUAUGCUCCUUUUUUCUUUUUUAGUAACGUACCUAUGUUACUUAAUAUAUAAAUUGUUUUAUCAUAGAAAAAAUCGUGUAUUGUCUUGUGGAAGUCUAGACAAAGCAACAUUGGCUACGUAUUUAUCUAGGCAUUUCAUCAGUAGCAAUAAUCUAAGUCAGCUGAGCAUAUGCUUCAAUCUUAUAGCAAGACAUCUUUUAAAUUGUGUUUUUAUUGUCUAUUAAAUAUUAAUGUGUCGUUCAGUAAGCGGCACAAGGCAUGAGCACACACGAACAGUAAUGGCGACGAGCAGGUUUAUGUAAAAAUUUGACGAAAGUGAAUAGAUGCCGCGUGGUACGCGUAAGCCAAUAGAAUACGAGCAUUAGCUAAGGAACCAAUCGCGUGAAAAAACUACGCAAUGCGCGUCUAACUGGCCAAUCACGAGUGUGCUCAUGACUUAUGCCUGUGUCUGUAUCAAGUGUGUUCAAUUUUAUGCUCGACAAUCUAGUUCCUCCUGUGUCCUAUUUUUCUGCUGGGAAUUAUUAUUUCUCGAAAGACUAUUUCUUAUGAUUAUUUUAUUUGAUUGAUUCUUCGACAAUUGUCUACUUCUAUGAAACGCGUAGUUUUAUAGUAAUUGAAUAGCUGCCUGUAUCUGUAGGAAAUCUUCAAAGUUAAGUCAUAUAAUAUGUAUGACAUUAUGUGUGAGCUUUUUAAUUUAUGUUAUUCAAAUAAAAAUAUGUACAUAAGUUUUUAUAUUUAUUGCUUCCAAAGUGUUUGCCUCGCUAUGAGUUUCAUAAGGCAAGUUAAUAAAAGCUAUUGGAUAAUAAGUGUGAAUAAAAAAUACAUAAUAAUAUUAUACAAUUCAUGCAAUUUAUAAGUAUCAAACUUUCUGCAUGGUUUACUUUUUUUUAACAUGUAAUAAAUUUUUGAAGUAUACGAGCUAUGAUUGAAUAAUUGUGUAAUUUUUAUAAAUAUUAUGUCAAGUGUAAUGAGCUAUUAUUCCAAAAUAGUCUAAGUAGACAAUACUUAAUUAUAUUAUAUAAUAUGUAUUUACAUGUAACUUUAAUCUGGACUUUCAUUGCCAACUAUAUGAGGUUAUUAUGAUAUAAAUGUAUUUAGCCUGGUAUAUAAUUAGUAGAUGAAACAAUGUUAAAUUAAAGAAUUUUUUAUUACAUAAACUACAUUGACUGCAUUAUUUUAUUUGCGUCCAACAUAAGGAAUUUGAAAAAAACAUCCAUGUUGCCAACAGUGAAAGUAAAUUAAUGUGUUUGAACUGCUAUUUCAUAUCAUUGUUACAUUACUAAAUUAUCACGGCUCAAAUAGUUAUUUAUUCUUAAUGAAAUAUUUUAACUCGUAUAGUAAUUAAUUAAAUGCUCUUCAGUUAUUUGGGUACUAAAGAAUCUGUUUCAAAGUAUGUUAAAUUUAAUUUGUAUAUAUUUGUAACACAUUCAUGAUCAAGGACCUAUUAAGGAUCAUUUCACCCACGAAGACGCGCCCCACUACUUUCCCCAAUAGCUCACAGUGUGCGUGAGCAGCGUGAGUGCACACUACAAUGGAUAUCAUCGGGGAAAGUUCUUGGAUCAGUCCCCUUGCCCCGCAGCACCCCCGCUUAAAAGUUGGACGCUUCUUCGUGGGAGAAAUUACUUAUACUUGUCAGGACAACUUGUUGGCAUUUUUUAAUUUCAUAUCAAAAUUUAUAAUUUGCUUUAUACUCUGAUAAUUUUAAACGCUUUAGCCAACUUAUUUAUGGAAUACUUAAUGGUUACACUUACUGUUUCAUUUUACAAGGCAACUUUGUCUUUUGGUAAACAUUGUUUUUUCUACAAAAUUUAAACCAGCAAAAUAAAAAACUGUAUUUAUAGUAUGUACUUUUUUUACUUAUUAUGUUCCGUUUUAGGGUUGUGUCAUAGAAUAAAAAGCUGUUUGUAUCAUAA